CCCAGGAUCCGUGACACCCAACCUGCAGGCCUUGUAAAGAGAGACUUUUUCUGGGCAAAGGGGUAUCUUUUCUUCCAGUUUCUUAUGGGACAAAACAAAUCCUAUGGAAGAAUGUUUGGAAGAAAUGAAUAAAGGGGUUGAUCCAUAUGGAUUUGAAAGGCCAGAAGACUUUGAUUAUAUGUCAUAUGAAGAAUUCUUUUCCAGAUAUAUGGUGGUACUCACUAGAAGAGCAAUAAAAUGGUCAAAGCUUCUUAAGCGGAAUAAUGGUGUACAGAAAAGUGUAAAAGUGAAGAGAUAUAUCAGGAAAGGCAUUCCCAAUGAGCAUCGUGCACUGAUCUGGAUGAUUGUAAGUGGAGCCCAGGCCAACAUGGAACAAAACGCUGGAUACUAUAAUAAACUACUUGAGGGAGAGAAAAAUGACAUGCUGGUGGAAGCAAUCAAGACAGACAUGAACAGAACAUUUCCAGAUAAUGUACAAUUCCGCAAAACUGCUGAUCCCUGUUUACAGCAGACACUCUACAAUGUAUUAGUAGCAUAUGGGCACCAUAAUAAAACAGUGGGAUACUGCCAGGGCAUGAAUUUCCUAGCUGGAUACCUGAUUCUUAUUACAAAGAAUGAAGAGGAAUCAUUUUGGUUAUUAGAUGCUCUGAUUGGACGAAUAUUGCCUGAUUAUUAUAGUCCAGCCAUGAUGGGGUUGAAGACUGAUCAGGAGGUCCUUGGAGAACUUGUGAGAAUGAAAGUUCCAGCAGUGGCAGAGUUAAUGGAUAGACAUGGUGUCAUGUGGACAUUGGUAGUGUCACGCUGGUUUAUAUGCUUAUUUAUUGACAUUCUUCCAGUAGAGACUGUUCUCCGAAUUUGGGACUGUUUAUUCUACGAGGGAUCAAAAAUUAUCUUUCGUGUGGCCUUAACAUUAAUUAAGCAACAUCAAGCUUUUAUUUUGGAAGCCACAAAUUUCCCUGACAUUUGUGAUAAGUUUAAGCAGAUCACCAGAGGGACAUUUGUAACAGAGUGUCACACCUUUAUGCAGAAAAUAUUUACAGAACCUGGAAGCUUGUCGAUGGCAACAAUUAACAAACUUCGAGAGACAUGUAGAGCAAAGCUGGUUGCUCAGGGAUCAACCAAUAAUAUUUAAACAGAUGGUCAGUUACUACAGAAAUUGACACAUUCCUGUAAUUUAAUUGCACUGACGGAAGCAUAAUUUCUAAACUUUCCAUGAGUGUCACUUGGCACUCGACCAAUUUUUCCUGCCUUUCAAGUAAGUGUUGUAAACAUUUUAUAUUCUGUCAGUAAUCUGUGAUUUAGAAUAUUAUCAGAAUCAAAUGUGACCAAUGUGGGAAACUCCUUUAAAAUGUCACUAGCCUUGUUUUUCUUCAGGGUAUUUUGUAAUGUUGGAGUAAAUAGAUGUAUAGAGCAAUAAAUACCAUUCUAUACAUUAAUCAUGAAACCACAGCCAUUUGUACAAAAUAAAUUCUAUUUAUUUGUCAAAAUCUGUUUAAUAUAAUUCACCGUUGUUACCCUGUAACCUGGUAUCUGUCUCUCAGGCUCUGGCAAUAACAGGCCUUUUCAGAAAAUAAACAGCCUCAUUCUCUUAAUCCUCCCUU